CGCCCAGCCCCCACCCCGGCUCCAGACUGCGGGCCCCCCACCCGUUCCUUUCCUCUUGCCGGAAAGCUCGCGGAGGCGGCUGCAGCAGCGGCGGCGGCGGCGGCAGCGGCGGCGGUGGUGGCAGCAGCCUGUGGCCCUUCUUCUUCCUCCUCCUCUUCCUCCUCCUCCUCUUCCUCCUUCUCAUCCUCAUCCUCCUCCUCUGCCACCUCCACCCCCUCCUUCUGCUCUUCCUCCACCUCCUCCUUCUCCUCCUCCUCCUCCUCCUCCUCCACCCCCCCCUUCUCCAUCCUCAUCUGGAGGCGGCGGCGGCGGCGGCGGCGGCGGCAAGAUGCACCCCAGCGCCCCCAGCUACCCCACGGCCUCGCUGUACGUGGGGGACCUGCACCCCGAGGUGAGCGAGGCGAUGCUGUACGAGAAAUUCAGCCCGGCCGGGCCCAUCCUCUCCAUCCGCGUCUGCAGGGACAUGAUCACCCGGCGCUCCCUGGGCUACGCCUAUGUCAACUUCCAGCAGCCGGCUGACGCCGAGCGAGCCCUGGAGACCAUGAAUUUCGAUGUCAUCAAGGGCAAGCCGGUGCGCAUCAUGUGGUCCCAGAGGGACCCCUCCCUCCGCAGAAGCGGCGUGGGCAACAUCUUCAUCAAAAACCUGGACAAAUCCAUUGAUAAUAAGGCUCUGUUUGAUACCUUCUCUGCCUUUGGGAACAUCCUCUCCUGUAAGGUGGUAUGUGAUGAGAAUGGGUCCAAGGGCUAUGGAUUUGUCCACUUUGAGACCCGAGAGGCCGCCGAGAGGGCCAUUGACAAGAUGAACGGGAUGCUUCUGAAUGACCGCAAGGUCUUCGUGGGGCGCUUUAAAUCCCGCAAGGAGAGAGAGGCAGAGAUGGGGGCCAGGGCCAAGGAGUACACCAACGUGUACAUCAAGAACUUUGGCGAGGACAUGGACGAUCUGAGGCUCAAGAGGCUCUUCGGUAAGUUUGGGCCGGCUUUAAGUGUCAGGGUGAUGACUGAUGAAAGCGGCACGUCCAGAGGGUUUGGCUUUGUGAACUUUGAGAGGCACGAGGAUGCCCAAAAGGCUGUGGAAGAGAUGAAUGGCAAAGAACUGAAUGGCAGAAAGAUCUAUGUGGGCCGGGCUCAGAAAAAGGGGGAGCGCCAGACGGAACUCAAGCGCAAAUUUGAGCAGAUGAAGCAGGACAGGAUCACCAGGUACCAGGGGGUGAACCUGUAUGUCAAAAACCUCGAUGAUGGCAUCGACGACGAGCGCCUGCGCAAAGAGUUCUCCCCAUUCGGGACCAUCACCAGCGCCAAGGUGAUGAUGGAAGGGGGCCGCAGCAAAGGCUUUGGCUUCGUGUGUUUCUCCUCCCCGGAGGAAGCCACCAAAGCCGUCACCGAGAUGAAUGGCAGGAUCGUGGCCACCAAGCCUUUGUACAUCGCUCUAGCCCAGCGCAAAGAGGAGCGGCAGGCUCACCUCACCAACCAGUACAUGCAGAGGAUGGCCAGUGUCAGAGCCGUGCCCAACCCAGUGAUCAACCCUUACCAGCCUCCUCCUUCGGGCUACUUCAUGACAGCUCUUCCUCAGACUCAGAACCGGGCUGCCUACUACCCUGCUGGCCAGAUCGCCCCUCUCAGACCCAGUCCUCGCUGGACUGCGCAGGGCGCCAGACCUCACCCGUUCCAGAACAUGCCCGGUGCUAUCCGCCCGGCGGCUCCUAGGCCACCAUUCGGUACCAUGAGGCCGCCUUCUUCCCAGGUGCCCCGAGUGCUGUCCGGUCGAGCGGCAAACGCAUCCGCUCAGAACAUGGGUGCCCGUCCGGCCGCCGGUGGCGGGGGUGGCCCUGCUGUCCGUUCUGUGCCACAGUACAAGUACGCUGCCGGGGUUCGCAAUCCCCAGCAGCAUCUCAACGCCCAGCCACAGGUUACCCUGCAGCAGCCUGCGGUUCACGUGCAAGGUCAGGAGCCUCUGACGGCUUCCAUGUUGGCGUCCGCCCCUCCGCAGGAGCAGAAGCAGAUGCUGGGCGAACGGCUGUUCCCGCUCAUUCAGGCCAUGCACCCUACCCUGGCUGGUAAAAUCACCGGCAUGUUGCUAGAAAUCGACAACUCGGAGCUCCUCCACAUGCUGGAGUCUCCCGAGUCUCUGCGUUCUAAGGUGGAUGAGGCUGUGGCAGUGCUGCAAGCUCACCAGGCGAAAGAGGCCGCCCAGAAAGCUGUGAAUAGUGCCCCCAACGUGCCUGCUGUUUAAAAGAUGAGGGACCAGCCGUGGCACCUCAGCAUCACCGAAGAAAAAUGUCUAUUGUGGGGGAAAAAAAAGAACAUUGCAAACUAAAGAAAAAAUGUAAAGAAAACUUUAAACUUGAUGUACCAAGCAAAUGCCAGGUCUAGCAAACUUAAUGCUAGUCCUAGCUUACUUAUUGAUUUAAAAAAAAAAAAGGAAAAUGGGAGGGAGGGAAAAACCCAAAAAAAUA